CGCAUGUGUGGGCAUCCGGAAGUUACCGCAGAGCUGCCGGAAGAGGCCGAAAACCAGAAGUAAAUAUUUCACUGUUGGCUUCGUUUUUGUCGGAUGGUUUUGGGAUCAGCUGCAGUAGCCUAAAGGAGCCAGGUAGCCAUGUCAGCUGCAGUUACAGAUGCAGUUAAUGCUUCACCCCUGCCGGGGUCCAAAGAAAUGAGUUUGGAGGAACCAAAGAAGAUGACCAGAGAGGACUGGAGAAAGAAGAAGGAGCUAGAGGAACAGCGAAAAUUGGGCAAUGCUCCUGCAGAAGUUGAUGAAGAAGGAAAAGACAUCAACCCUCACAUUCCUCAGUAUAUUUCUUCAGUGCCAUGGUAUAUUGAUCCAUCAAAAAGACCUACUUUAAAGCACCAGAGACCACAACCAGAGAAGCAGAAGCAGUUCAGCUCAUCUGGAGAAUGGUACAAGAGGGGUGUCAAAGAGAACUCCAUAAUUACUAAGUACCGCCAAGGAGCGUGUGAAAAUUGUGGGGCCAUGACGCACAAAAAGAAAGACUGCUUUGAGAGACCUAGGCGAGUUGGAGCCAAAUUUACAGGAACAAAUAUAGCUCCAGAUGAGCAUCUCCAGCCUCAGCUGAUGUUUGACUAUGAUGGGAAGCGGGAUCGGUGGAAUGGCUACAAUCCAGAAGAACACAUGAAAAUUGUAGAAGAAUAUGCCAAAGUUGACCUGGCAAAACGAACAUUGAAAGCCCAGAAACUCCAAGAAGAAUUAGCCUCAGGAAAAUUAGUGGAACAGGCUAAUUCUCCAAAACAUCAGUGGGGCGAAGAAGAACCAAAUUCUCAGAUGGAAAAAGAUCAUAAUAGUGAAGAUGAGGAUGAAGAUAAAUAUGCAGAUGAUAUUGACAUGCCUGGACAGAAUUUUGACUCUAAGAGACGAAUUACUGUUCGGAAUCUCAGGAUUCGAGAAGAUAUUGCAAAAUAUUUGAGGAAUUUAGAUCCAAAUUCUGCCUACUAUGAUCCAAAAACUAGAGCAAUGAGAGAGAAUCCAUACGCCAAUGCAGGCAAGAAUCCAGAUGAAGUGAGUUAUGCGGGAGAUAACUUUGUUAGAUAUACGGGAGAUACCAUUUCGAUGGCUCAGACUCAGUUGUUUGCCUGGGAAGCCUAUGACAAGGGAUCUGAAGUGCAUCUGCAGGCAGAUCCUACAAAACUAGAGCUAUUGUAUAAAUCCUUCAAAGUCAAAAAAGAAGACUUCAAAGAACAGCAGAAGGAAAGCAUCCUGGAAAAGUAUGGUGGCCAAGAGCACUUAGAUGCCCCUCCAGCUGAAUUGCUUUUAGCCCAGACUGAAGACUAUGUGGAAUACUCAAGACAUGGGACAGUCAUCAAAGGACAGGAGCGGGCUGUUGCCUGCUCUAAGUAUGAGGAGGAUGUAAAGAUCAACAAUCACACACAUAUCUGGGGAUCUUACUGGAAAGAAGGCCGAUGGGGAUACAAAUGUUGUCACUCUUUUUUCAAAUAUUCCUAUUGUACUGGAGAAGCUGGGAAGGAGAUUGUGAACUCAGAGGAAUGUGUUAUAAAUGAUAUAACUGGGGAAGAAUCUGUGAGGAAACCUCAAACCCUGCUGGAGCUGCAUCAGGAAAAACUAAAAGAGGAGAAAAAGAAGAAGAAAAAGAAAAAGAAGAAGCAACGAAAGAGCAGUUCAGAUAGUGAUGAUGAAGAAAAGAAACAUGAAAAACUGAAAAAGGCACUGAAUGCAGAGGAGGCCCGCCUUCUUCAUGUCAAGGAGAUCUUGCAGAUUGAUGAGAGAAAGCGUCCAUACAACAGCAUGUAUGAGGCUCGGGAACCUACUGAGGAGGAAAUGGAGGCCUAUAGAAUGAAACGCCAGCGACCAGAUGACCCCAUGGCCUCCUUUCUGGGACAGUAGUAACUAGUCACAGAAAACCAUCCAAGAUGGACACAAUUGGAUAGGCACUUUUCAGCUUCUUGCUGAUGUUUGUAGAUAGAAAAAUCCUUGUCUCUGCAUGGGCUACUUCUGCAACAACAACAUUUUUUAAUUAAAAAGAAACAAAAAAAAAGCCUUAUCUACUGUUCUUGCUGUCUCACUUUAAUAAAUCUUUCAGAAAUCUCA